AUGGACGGUCCGUCGUCAAUGGCCGACAUGGCUGCGCAAUGGACACCCGACGCCACUGCCGGCUGCCGGGUCGGGGUGCUGGACCCGGCUGCGGGUCUCGACCAGGUCGACGUCUGGCUGGCAGACGCUCUCGCCACCGCUGGCCCCCACCCCACCCGCACCCGCACCCGCAUCCGCACCCACAUCCGUACGCGGAUGGCGACGAGGACGAGGAUUUCCGCCAUUGCAACGCUCACUACCCACACUGUGGUCGACGGCGUGAGGCAGUACGCGCUGCGCGGUGGCGAAGCCUCGAGGGCAUGGCUGCACUCGCUGCCUGAUCGUGGCGUCGACACGGUUGUCGUCACCGCGGCGCCGGCGUCGGUCGGCUCGGCGGCGGCUGUCCGUGCUGACAUGGCUCGCAUCGGUGUCGCUGAUCUUUUUGCCUGCACCGCCCGUGAUGCGGCCCACGGAGCUGCCGUCGCUGCCGCGGUCGCUGGCUAUCUCGCGCCGACGUUCGACUCGCCGCAGAGCGCGCUACUGCGGACAAUGACCGCGUUCAUGCUCUGCUCGCCGCGCCGCGGCUGUGACUUGCAUCGUGUUGGCCGCUCAAACUUUGCCCUUGUGGACGAGACUACCAUCUCCUUUGCACUCGCCGCGCCCGACGGCUCGACUUGGUCGGCUCGCCAGCUGAUCACCCUCUCGCCCGACUCGGCGCCGGUGUGGGAUGCGCUCCAGCCGGCCACUGCCGUUGCCAUCUAUCUGGCGCAUCUCGAUGCUCGUGGCCCGCCGCUGAUGCCCGCGGCCGCGCCGGUGCCCGACGAUAGGCUCUUUGUUCGCUGGCAUGACUCGGAGGGCGAGCCGCUACUCCCGUUUACCUCGGCCGGCGAGAUGGUGUCUUGGUUGGAGGAGCACCUCGUCGGCCCUGCUGGUCUCGACGCCGUCGUCCCUCCGCCAGUCCUCAAAUCGCUCUUCUGGCCCGACGCUGCCGUCAUCAACACCGUUGACGACAUCGGAGUCGCCUCAUCGGGCCGCCUGCUCUGUGCCCGCUACAACAAGCCCGAGGCUGUCGAGGCCUACGUCAACGCCUGGCGGUUCCCAGUCCCACUUACAUCGGCUCAUCCCUCGCCAACUCCGCUCGAGCCUGAUGCGCUCCCGCACGUCGACACCAUCAUCUUUGUCGAUGACAACUCGGACAACGUCGUCAAGAUGUUCCUCCACUUUGCCGCCAAGCACGCCCACCAUCUCCGCCACACCCCGCACCACGACCCCUCUGCCCCGCGCAUCAUCUCGCUCCUCUACCCGCCGCCAGCAUCCGGCCGUGCCGAGGCUUCGGAUCCGUACUUCCGCGCCCUCCUCGACGCCCUCGUCGCCGGCCAGUUAUCAACCCCACAGCCCGCUAUCUCGUCUGACCGCGACCCCAACCAUGACCAUACUCCCGAUCCAACCCCACAGUAAACAAUCCCUUUCACUUCC